AUGGGCCCUCCUGAGGAAAACUCUCUAAAUGCUGCUACGCCGGAAUUCCCAGACUCUACGCCACCCGCUCAUGAGGCCGUGGCAGCUGAUUCGCAGGAGUUGGCACAGCAUCGGUGCUCGCAAGAGAAAGCGACCUUAAAGAACUCCCCUGGGGACGACGCCGCAGACUUUUCUUCAGAGAUGAUUCCGGAAUCAGCGGACCAGGAUUCAUCAGGGAUUGCCCCUUGCAAUGCUAGAACCGGCAAAGUCAAACAUCAGACCCCAGAAGAUGACGGACUGCCCGAUUUCAACACUUUCCUGAAAUGCGUAAUUAAAGUUGGGAGUACUCCUUCGCCUUUUCUCCGCGAGAAUGCCACUCCUCUUAUCCGUCUGCUUGCCAGUCCGGGCAUAGGGUGGACAGCUGCAGAAUUCAAAAAGCAAGGAACAGGACUAGCCGCAAUGAUGGAGAUGCCCCGUUGCCAGAUCAUUACUCAUGAACCAGUCAUGGUUGUGCAAGACACCCUAGAGUCCAUGGGUGGUUCAAUCAAAAACUAUAACAAGAUGCUGGCGGAGAAAAUAAAGGAAGUCAAUUGUCCUAACUUUACCCACUUUUUCUUCACCCUCAAGAAAGAUUCGGAAGAGAAAUUGGGGAAGUUCGGCGCAUAUUUCGAGAAAAAUUGCAUUCCAUGCACUCUUCCUUCCGGUCAAAAGGUCCGAGUCCUCGGUCAUUGGUCCUCAAAAAUUAAUCAUUCUUGUGUCCCGAAUGCCCAACAAACGCUUAUUGAGGCGAACACCGAAGGGGUAAAAUCGACGUUUUUGAAUAUACGUGCAUGCAGAGAAAUAAGCCGGGGUGAGGAAAUUACUGUGGCAUACGACGAGAUCCAUUUGGACACCACUGAAAGAAAGCAACACAUGAAAGAGCAUUUCGGGUUUGAAUGUGCUUGCGAAUACUGCGAGUCUCAAGACCGAGAACUUGACGCAGACUUUCUCCUUGUGAAUGAACUGGCUCCUGUCGUGUUUUCCCCGACUGUAGCUAAGGCCCAGCCAGCAAGAGCACUCAGAGCUGCGUCUCAGCUUCUGCAGAAGCUCUCUGGCCACAAGUUGUUUGAUCGACGGUAUUGUGAGGUCUUGGCACAUUGCGCAAGAAUAUGUGCGUAUCAUUCAGAUGCAGGGCGCGCUGCAAUGUUCUUGAAUGCAGCGCGCACGGGUUUCUAUAUGAUCCAAGGAUGUGACGGGCCAGAUCUGUGGAAAUUGGCGCAAGUUGAGGCAAACGUGGCAGAAUUUGCGGACAGCAGUGAUUCAAAAAGGGGUUUAUCAACAAAGGAUGAAGCAGAGAAGCUCAUCAUUACACUGAACAUGGACGGUAAUAAGAUUGCAUUCAUGUUGGGAGCUGGCGAUGACGAAUACCUUCGGCUGUGCGAUAUCGAGAGACCAAAGAAGAACGCUAAAGAUCCAGAGUCGCCGGGGCUAUUAAAACAAAAAAAGAACACAAAGAAGGCAAACGAAACGGACGGCUUUCAAGAGCUUUUACAGGCCCUAGCUGUGGAGAAGAAAGAACACGAUGAAACUCGGCUUCAUCAGGACAAUGGGAAGGGGAAAGGCAAAGGCAAUGGCAGAGGGAAGAAGGGCAGAAGAUCCCAGGGAGGCAAAAGGUGA